GCCAGUCGUCACUCGUCAGACGGCAGACCACUACGGUCUGGUCUGCUGAUUUUUCUCAAAGUUUUUUAAACAAUUAAAUCGUUGUGUAACGUUCGUGCUCCGUUACAAAUCAUUCGCUCGGUUAUUCUAUACCUAUACAGUGUGUGGACAGUUUCGGAGCGAUCAGAAGGUUUACACAGCGGCUGCUCCAAAUUCCAAAAUGAAAACAACGACUCAUGAUGCAUCUGAAUAACCGUUCAGUUCAUGGUUGGAGUAGCUCCGAAAUCUGAUCUCAGUUUGUGUAUUAUAUUUUAUGUGACGUACGGGAUUUGACGCAGGUUAAGUAGUCGGAUAAUGUCUGAAUGAUAAAUCAAAAGGUGCGAAGCUAAUUGUUGUGCAAGUCAACAGUGCAUCCAGUCCCGGAAAUCAAAUUCUGUCCACUGCAGCAUCGGGAUGGGAUCGUUGACGAGUCGGCAAAAUGCAGGUGUCGAAGAGGUCGAUAUCGUUUCUAAUCAUGCAUACAAAUAUCCACCUCGUUCAGGAAGCUACUUUGGUAGCCAUUUCAUUAUGGGAGGUGAGAGAUUCGAUACACCUCAACCAGAGGCUUACCUUUUUGGAGAGAAUACAGACUUGAAUUUCUUGGGGAGUCGCCCAACUCCAUUUCCAUACCCACCACCACAGGCAAACGAUCCAACAAAAACACUCAAAAGUUUGGUGAAUAUAAGAAAGGAAUCUCUACGUUUGGUUAGAAAUGUUGAAAAAUCUCCACCUACUCAGCAACCAGGUGUUAAACAUUUUGGUGAUGGAGAUGCAGACAAAAAACCAAUGCAUUUUAAUAUAGAAUUCACUUUUGACUGUGACGUUAGAUGUUCUAUCACUAUAUACUACUUUUGCACAGAAGAGGUCACAACAAAGGGAGUCACGUACAUACCGAGAGAUCCCUCAAUGAACUCGGAUACAUACUAUUAUAAGAAAGGAGCAAACCAAUUAUUCAGUCAAUCAUCGCACAUUUUUGAUCCAACUCCUUAUAGUGAAGAAGAAUUAUCUUAUAACACUGAUCGUGAAAUUAUUCCCAUUGCAAUUCAUUGUGUAGCAGAAGAGGGCUCCGAUGAACCCAAACAAUCACAUACAACCAUUGCUGUACUUGAAAAGCAUUCCGAUGGAUCUUAUGUAUUAAAGGCACUGAAACAAAAAUUGUAUGUUGAUGGUUUAUGUUAUUUACUUCAGGAAAUUUAUGGUAUUGAAAAUAAAAAUACCGAGAAUUCCAAGCAACAAGGGAGUGAUGAAGAUACAGAAGACAAUGGAGCAGAAUGUGUUAUUUGUAUGUGUGAUGUGCGCGAUACUCUGAUUUUGCCUUGCAGACAUUUGUGUCUGUGUAAUGGUUGUGCAGAUUCGCUUAGGUAUCAAGCUAACAAUUGUCCAAUUUGUAGAGCACCGUUUAGAGCUUUACUACAAAUUAAGGCUUUACAAAAAUCAGCAAGCUCUAUAAUUGCAAAUCCUCCAUUACCAGAGGGAGGUUGUGAAAAUAUUCCACCUGGAUAUGAAGCAGUUUCAUUAAUUGAAGCAUUGAAUGGACCAUAUACUCCAAGAGCAACUGUCCUUCCACCAGAAUCUCCAGACACUCCAGACACUGACACUGCUAGUGCUACACAAGCUGCUGAAGUUCUAAAUCGAUCUGCAGAACGAACCCCAGUAUCGAAGCACGCUUUAUCAAAAGACAGUGAUUCGUCUCCGAGAACGAGUACCACGCCGUGCCCGACUCCAGAAUUUAGAAUGUCAGUUUUACUAGCUAAAGGAGAAAAUUCAGGUUCACAAAAAGAUCUUGGCAAUCGUUCGCCAGCUACGAGAAAUAAAUCUGCCAGUCGUGAUAAAUCGAAUCUCAGAACGCGAGACACUCUGAGACUUGUGAACGAGAAACAACCUGUCUCACUUUAUGAGGCGCAAAAUCAAGAUGAAGAUAGUGAAGCUGAGAAAUUGUCUCCAUUGUUAGAUGCUACAACCAGUACUGAGGCUUUGGACACUUCAACUCGCAGCAGGAUAUGUGACAUGGACAUGGAUGAUGAAUUGCCAAAUGGUGAAAAUGAUAAUCAAGUCGAUAUGGCAUGCCAUUCUCAUUAGGCUACUCUUGUGUAAACUUGGAGCUGGAAAGACUUGCAACUAGAAAUUUCCAAUUUUUAAUACAUGCAAGUAAUUCUUGCAAUUUUAUUGCUAAAUAUUAGCAAACAAUAUUUAUACUAACGUUGGCGGUUUAAAAAAACCAGCUUGUAAAAAGUAUGCAUGGUUUUCUAAUGAGAAAAUUAUUUUAACAAUCUCUUUUUUAUUUGAUAUUCAAUUGAAUUUAUUAUAUACAAAAUUUCGUGAUUUUCAAAAUAUUUUAAUUAAUGUAUUCAUUUAAUACUUGUAAUGACUCGAUAAGCAAAAAUUUCUUGUUACAUCAGUUAUUAUAAUAACAAGUUUUCAAUAACUUGGUAAUAUUUCAUUUGCAAUGCAAUAUCUCAAAACGAUUAUAAGCUUGAAUUCAUCAAUUUUGAGCUUCUCAAGUUUUCGAGAUUUUUACCACUUUUAGAUGAUGUAUUUGUAUGUGCAAUAAAAUUGUUGUUAAACUUUACAAUCAAUUUCAAAUUGCAAAUAUUUAAAAAGCAUAAUACUAUUUUUUGUGUAAUGUAGAAAAAAGACUGUAAACCCAAGCAAAACACACACACAUAUAUAUAUAUAUAUAUAAUAUGUUAAAAAUGUAAUCUACUUAUUUUGUAAAUAUUAGAUAUUAAACGAUAUUAUUAACUGUAAUAAAUAUAAUUUAACAAUCAA